UUCCUAUAUCAGCACUAUUGCAUUUUCAUGGUCAAAUCAGAAAGAGGAUUUGUAUUCUGUGCAAAUUCAUCAGUAUGAAAGUUUUUCAGGGUUUGCAGAGGCUAUUUAGACCCUAAGCAAAAUAUUGUUCACUGCAUUUUCUGAAAACUAGAGUGGACUACUCUACUCUUACCUGCUAUGUAAUCCUUGCCCUAAGCCUGACAGGUUAGAGUUGUAGGUCUAAGUCAAUAUACCCUGGUCCUUUUGAUGCCAUGAAUUCUUGAAUUUAUGUGAAGUAAUACUAGAACAUGAUGUGUGUUCUUUGAAAGAGCAUUUUUACCGUUUACUGUCCCUGGCAUGUUACAUCACACAAUGUUCAUUAAACAGCACCAGGACAACCAAGAUCUAAUUUAGAAUACUCAAAAUCUACUGGAACAAGGAUAAGAACAAAAUCAUAAGUGCACACGUGUUGUGAAUUGGGCAGACACUUUCCAUGGGAAGUUCUCUUGUGUGGAUAAAUAUGAAUAAUCCACAAACAUUUAUUAGUGAUUAAGACACAUAUGCUUCAGUGCCAUAUUUGGACUGAGCACAUUCUACUAUCUGUAAAUAUUGCCACCCCUAUGUACCUUGUCCUCACCCAUUUUAAGAUGGUACUUUAACCUGUGUGGUUACUCUGAAGUGUAUUUCUUCCUUAAUCUCUUUCAACUGCCACUGUCCUUCACACAUCUGAUAAAAUGGCUAGCUUGUGGUUAGCUCUUGGGUCUUUUACUUUCUAGUUCAGCUGAAGCUGGGAAACUGUUGGUUAUACCAUCAGAUGGCAGUCACUGGUUAGGGAUGAAGCCUAUUGUAGAGGAGCUGGGGAGGAGAGGAAACCAAGUGGUGGUUGUCUUCCCAGAGGCGAGUCUGAGUAUGGGUCCUUCAGAGCAGACCACCACUCUGACAUAUCCAGUGAACUACACCAAGGCUGAAUUAGAAGCGAACUUAGCAGAUCAGUUAAACACAAUUCUGAGCAUUGAUAUCUCUACAGACCUGGCCAAGUUUCAGUCAUUCAUCAUCUCACUGGAUGUUUUGCCGAUGUUUAUUUUGAGGAACACAGAGGGUCUGCUCUUCAACAAGGACUCGAUGAAGAAACUGCAAGACUACAACUUUGAUGCAAUUCUCACAGAUCCAUUUGAGCCUGUUGGAGCUAUAGCUGGUGAAUAUCUCUCAGUUCCAGCUAUUUAUAUGCUAAUAAAUCAUCCUUGUGGUGUCGAUACUCUUGCCAGUCAAUGUCCAGCUCCAGCUUCUUAUGUUCCACAAGCUUUUACUCACUUUACUGACCACAUGAAUCUUUGGCAAAGAAAUCUGAACCUGAGAAAAACAUCAAUGAUGGAGAUCAUGAGCCGUGCAGCUCUCUGGUUUUUGCGUUUCGACUUUGCUGUGGAAUUCCCACGUCCAGUGAUGCCAAACAUGGUCAUGAUUGGAGCAACAGUUAGCCAAAAACCUAAACCUCUGUCACAAGUGAGUCUUUUUUGUUCUUAAUAAGCUUACUAUACUAGUAAGUGCUGUAUCUGUAAUUUGAUUAAAACAACAACAACAACUUGUUUUCUUAAUCUCUGUAGUUAUCCUGGAAUAGAAAAGAACCAGCAAUGUGUAAAUUUCCAGU